GGACGACAACUCACAAUGCUUCCUAGUAGAGGGCUUCCGCCCCGACAAUUGGCCUCGCUGGCUUCCCGUCAGUCCUCUGCUCUGCGGUCCGCUACAUCGAGAAAGUUCUCUUCCGUCCCACGAAGAACUGCACUCCCCGCGUCAUGUCGGACAAGCUCCCUCCGCUCCUCGAACUGGCGCAUCGGCGCAUCCCCAUCGUCUGACGUCGUUCUCUCGCCUUCUGCAGUCCGAUAUGCAUCGUGGUACGCACCCUGGACAUGGGGUCGCUCCGGCACGCCUUCGAACGCCGCCUCCGAGCUCGCCUCUCAACCCACGCCCGUCCCCGAAGUGGUCCCUGAGCCCGUGGUCACCACUGCCACCCCAGAGCUCCAGCCCGCCGGAGUAGAAACAACCGCCGUGUCCGCCAACCCCACAUCCACCUUGGAAGGCAAGUCGGUGGAGGAUUUGCUCGAAAUCACGACAAAAGCCUCAGACUCUUCCUUUAUAGACCCGACCGUGCCUCUCUCGUAUUGGGGAAACCUCAAAGAUCUGGGACUUGACUACGGCUGGGGUCCCUCCGCCUUCUUCGAGAGCUUGCUUGAGGUGGUCUACAUCAACGCUGAGCUCGGCUGGGCAGGAACCAUUGUGGCUUCGGCACUGAUCCUGCGAACUGGUCUGUUCUUCACCUUCCAGAGAUGGGGCUCGGACGCCAUGGCCAAGUCCGCAGCCAUGAAGCCUGUUCUUCAGCCCCUCCAGGAUGAAAUGGAAGAAGCCAAGCGACGAGGCGACGAUGAGAGGGUGCAGAUGCUCAAAAUGAAACAGCAGACCAUAAUGAAAGAUGUCGGCGUGGAUAUCUUCAAGUCAAUGGGCACAGCUAUCGCCCAGGGUGUCUUCGGAUACGGUGCAUGGAGAUCGCUACGUGGGAUUUCGUCUCUGCCGGCUCCCGGAAUCACCACUGACGGAUGGCUGUGGUUCACCGACUUGAGCGUUGCGGACCCUUACUACAUGCUUCCCGUGAUCACGGGAGGUAUCAUGUACCAGGUCAUCAGGAGAGGCGGUGAAACGGGUAUGCAGGAUCAGACAGCCCAGACCAGCCUGCAGAAGCAGGUUCAAGUCGUCCUGCCCGUCCUCAUGACUGCAGUAACAGCUUUCCAGCCAGCUGCCAUCCAACUUUACUUCUUCGCAACCUCUAUCACGGGCGCCAUCACCGGCUACUCUCUCCGCCAGCCCGCCGUUCGCCGCGUCCUCGGCAUCCGCCAACUUCCCACGCCGCAAUCCAACGAACUCUGGGGCAAAGUCGCGAGGGGUGAGAUCGACAUGAACAGCAUCAAGACACCUGACGGGAAAAUCCAAUACCAAGCGCCCAGCCCUCCGGCGUCCAGGAGCCACAAUGCCCCGAGCGGCCUCAGGUUGAAGUCGUCGGCGUCGCUCCCAGCGCACAUGCGGGGAGCGCCAACCCAGGCGGAUGUGGCUGAAGAACCCAAGACCGCGUGGGAGCAGCUCAAGUCGACGCCCAGCACGAUCAAGGGCAAGAUCAGCAAGUGGCAGGACCCGCGGGACCCGGACGUCAAGAAGAAGCAAGAUGCGGCGGCGAAGCAGGCUCGGGACCUCAAGAAAUACAUGAAGGAGAAGAAGAAUCACAGAUAGGGUGGAGGUAAACGUUGGGCGAGAUGGGACUGUCGUCGUGUUGUAUUCAUGUAUGAUAGAGAAAGGGAGGGCUUUCGAUCUUGUGUUAGUAGAUGUAGAGAGGGCUGGCUUGGAUGCUUGGGGGGUUGCAUUGGAGCCAUUGUACCAAAUCAAAUCCCUGCAC